UUGUGUUACUAUGGAGAUAACGUAUUCCCAAAUCUUUACUUACCAACGAUAAUAACGAAGCCUAGCAAUUUAUUAUUCGACGGUAUUUGUACAGUUUUAAAAGAGUAAUCCGGUUGUUUAAAAUAUAAAGGAUAGCGUGACAACAUGUGGUGGGGAUAUAGUCCCGCGUUAGACAUACAACAUGAAGUUAAUAAAAGUGAAACUAAUUCUCUAAGUGAAUGUCUCGAGGUAUUAAUUGUAGGUGCUGGCGAUGCAAGACAUAUCGUGAAGACAUUAGGAUCAUCUUAUUUGUACCGCGAUCGUAUUAUUACGUACCAUGUAAUUGAAUCAACGUUGGAACAAGUUGCUAGAUCUAUGCUAUUGCUAAGUACUUGUUUACAGAGGAACCUAGGCUUGCAAGAAACGACUCGAUAUUAUUUAGAAAUAUUUGGGAAUACGCUUGUAAGACCAGCGACAGCUAAGUACUUGGUAAAACACUCUGAUCAAUUGGCAGACAUCCCAACGAACACAAUCGAUUGUCCUUGGUUAAGUUUGGAAAAAUUAAAGCACAAGGAUAAAGAUCGAUUAGAAGGAAUUUUUAAAUUUUGGGAGCGUGCAGCACGCGAGAACAUUUCUGUUGUGGAAUAUUGGGACGAAAGAGUUAGAAAAUCAUUAAAAACAAGAUACGAUUAUCGCGAUGGUGUUUUUGAUUGGGAUUAUCAUAUGAUUUUAAAGUCUAGAAACGUCUCGAAUCUGACAGUGCAAGAGUAUAGAUUUUGGAGAAACAAUGGAAUUGCGUUCGUUUGGUUAGAAGGUGAACCUAUUAGAAGCAAUCCGACCUUAUUGAGUAAUAUUAUACAGCAUGGACCUGGAUUUAUACAUUAUGCUUAUUUAGGAGAUAUUUCGAAUGGUCCUUUCUUUGCAUGGGCCUCGGAAGAAGCAAAGGAUAAUCACGAUAAAUAUAGAGCAACGGACAUUGCUGAACGAGAAGUCAUGCGUUCUAUACACGAAAUUAGAACAAAAGAACCAUUAUGCGAAAAUUUGGUUGCAUCGCACAGAGAUUCCUCCAUCUUAAAUGGUGUACUGGUAACCGAAAUGCCAGACACUAAAAUGGAACAAGAAUCGUGGAAAAGGGAAAAAAAUAAGUACAAAAGAGAUGAAAUUUCCUGGGUAGAUAUUAAAAAUCACAAGGUAAUUUUUCACCCUGUGACGUCGUUAGAGACACUAAAAUAUAAAACAGAAUAUACUAGCAAAUUCGAUUUUCUGUGGGUUGCGCAUAACAUGACAAAACAAUUAUCUAAUCUAACCGUGUUACUCAAGAAAGGAGCAAUUGUAUUGAUCGAGUUACCAAAGUAUCUUGUACAACUGCGAGAGGAAGAUCUACAAAAUUUUAUAAAGGAAUUAAAAGAUACCGCAAAAAGAAAUGGACUCUAUGAGAUCUGCGAUAUAAAUACUAAGAAACAUAUUGCUAAAUUUUCCAAAUGUUAA